AUGUCUGCCUGUCUAUCUAUCUAUCUCAGUCUGUUCAAGUCUAUCAAUCUCAAUCUGUUCAUCUCUAUUUAUCGAUCAACCACUGUUCAUAUCUAUCUAUCUAUCUAUCUAUCUAUCUAUGUCUGUUCAUUAUCUAUCUAUCUAUGUUCUUUAUCUAUCUGUCUAUCUAUUUAUGUAUUAGUCUGUUCAUGUUUAUCUAUUUAUUUCAUGUCUAGCUACAUCAGUCUGUUCUUGACUAUCUAUCUCAAUCUGUUUACAUCUAUCUAUCUAUCUAUCUAUCUUUCUAGCUAUCUAUCUAUCUAUGCUGUAGAGAAAAUACAGUACGACUAUACAUCAUCAUCAUCAUCAUCAUCAUCAUCUCUCUCUCUCUCUCUCUCUCUCUCUCUCUCUCUCUCUCUCUCUCUCUCUACAUUUUUUCUUUCUUCCUUUUUUCAUUUGCCAAAUGCCCUCUUUAGAAAGUGCAUCAAUGAAACUAAUGGACCAAAUAGCAAAAGUCACAUGUCUCUCUCUCUCUCUCUCUCUUUCUCGUUUUCUCUCUGUGUUCUUUCUCUCUCUUUCUUCAUAACACAUAAUCUAUCUAUCUAUCUAUCUAUCUAUCUAUCUAUCUAUCUAUCUGAUCAUUAUGUCCGUAGCUUGAUCACCGGCCUUAACGAUCCUUUCUCUCUCUUUUUCUCUAUCUGUCUCUCUUCUUUCUUCUUUUCUCUCUCUCUCUCUCUCUCUCUCUCCCUCCCUCUCUCUUAUCUUCCACACGAUCGCUCUCGCCCUUUUACAAACAUAUCUUAA